ACUACCCACUUAAUAGAAAAACUAACUCCCUAUAAACCGAUACUUUGAGUUUAAUUCUCAUUUAACGCUCCUUUUUCUUAGCCUAAUAAACCACCAUCCAAAAUGAGUAUCUUAAAAUUUGCCAUAUUCUAUUUUCUUUUUCAUCUGUCAUAUGCACAAACUAAUAUUGUAGACUUUUGUGUAGCAGAUUUCAACUACCCAGUUGGUCCGGCAGGAUUUCCCUGUAAAAAUCCUGCUAAUCUCACUGCUGAUGACUUUGUUUAUUCUGGCUUAGGUGUUGCUGGCAACACCUCUAAUAUACUUGGUGUUGGCGUGACCUUUGCAAUUGAUUUAACCUUUCCCGCUUUAAACGGUUUAGGUCUUUCUAUGUCGAGAUUAGAUAUCGCUGUGGGUGGAGUAGUCCCGAUCCACUCACAUAGAGUAUCUGAACUUAUCAUUGUUAUCGAAGGAACUAUUAUUGCUGGGUUUAUAGAUUCCAAUGAUAAAGUAUACUCUAAAACGUUGAACAAAGGGGACAUUAUGAUAUUUCCUCAAUCCUUACUUCACUUUCAAGUUAAUGUUGGAAAUACUCCAGCUCUUGCAUUUGUUAGCUUGAACAGUGCUAGCCCUAAUUUCCAAAUUACUACCACUUCUCUCUUUUCUAAUGACUUACCAACAGAAAUAAUAAGAAAAAUUAGUUUGUUAGAUGUUACACAAAUCAAAAAGUUAAAGAAGAUACUUGGUGGUACUAAUUAAGGUGUUUGUGUUGUAAUAUAUUCAUAAUAAGUUUAUGCUUGCGAGUUGCGAUCAUAUGCAGAUGUAUUAUGUAACAAUGAGUAGCAUAGCCUAUUCAUGUUUUUUCAAAUAAAAU